AUGUCUUCUACCCUCUUUGCUACUCCUAGUGGCAAGAAGCCCAAUCCGAGGAUAUCACAAGAUACACCAUCCACUUUGCCUAACCGCAAAAAGCAAAGAUGGGGAGGCACUCCAAGUGGUAAGUCUGCCACUCCUUGCCCACCCAAUUCAACUGGAAAAAUCCCUGAUAAACCAAAGUCUAAGGUUUCCUCUCCCAUCAAGCCCAGGAAGGGACUUACGCAGAGCCUGUUCACCUCAUUCAACAAGAAGUCAGCCAAGAAACCCAAAGCUAAAGGAAAGAAGUGGAGUAAAAAGCCUGAAACAGACAUGGAGAAUGACCCUUUAAUUGUAGAAAGUAGUGACCAGGACAUUCCUUCUUCCCAACUGGUACCAGGGGGCACAGAAAAGAAUGAAGUCAAAAAAGAGAUGGAUUCCCACACUCUUCAGCCUGCAUCACUAUCAACAAGCUCCAUGCAAACUUAUGUCAUAGGUUCCCACAAUGCUGAACAAGCAGAUUUUCACACCCCAUUGAGAGGUGGUUAUGUCCAACCUGGGAACCACAGCCCUACUUUGUUCACCCCACUGCUCAUUGAACACUCUACACUCCAUCCAGACAUCCACAAAGGUUGA